GCGGCCGCGCUGUGGCGCUGCGGCGUCGCGGCAGGCCCGGCCCGGUGCUGUCCGUCCCGGCCUGGCCCGUCCCGGCGCUGCGUGCGGGAGGAAGAGGAGGAGGAGAAGAAGGACAGGAGGAGGAGGAGGAGGAGGAAGCUGAGGCUCUCGCUCUCCGCCGGGACAAAGGGCCAGCGGGUGCGCAGGCAGGGCCCGGCCCGGCCUCCCCGCGGGCCUCCAGGGGCCGCCCCGCCGCUGCCCCGCCGCCCUUGGGCGCUUUCGGGGCCGGGCUCUGCGGCUCCUCCGCCGGCCUUUGUCCGCCCUCAGCCCCCUUCCCUCAGCCGGAGCCAUGCGGGCCAGCGGCUGAAGCCCCCGGGCCGUGAGGCGAGACAAGGGAGGGAAGGGAGGGCCCGCCGCGAUGGAGCCUCCGGCUCGGCCGAGCGGGGACAUCCUGAGGCGGAACCCGCAGCAGGACUACGAGCUGAUCCAGCGGGUGGGCAGCGGCACCUACGGAGAUGUCUACAAGGCUAGAAAUCUUCAUACCGGAGAACUGGCUGCUGUAAAAAUAAUCAAGUUAGAGCCUGGAGAUGACUUUUCAUUGAUACAGCAAGAAAUAUAUAUGGUUAAAGAAUGCAAACACUGCAACAUAGUCGCCUAUUUUGGGAGCUAUCUCAGCCGUGAAAAGCUGUGGAUAUGCAUGGAGUACUGCGGUGGGGGAUCCCUCCAAGAUAUUUACCAUGUAACAGGACCUCUGUCAGAGUUACAAAUUGCAUACGUGUGCAGAGAAACUUUACAGGGUCUUGCUUAUUUGCAUAUGAAGGGAAAAAUGCAUAGAGAUAUAAAGGGUGCAAAUAUUCUACUAACAGACCAUGGAGAUGUCAAAUUAGCUGACUUCGGCGUAGCAGCAAAAAUAACAGCCACCAUUGCAAAGAGGAAAUCAUUUAUUGGUACCCCUUACUGGAUGGCCCCAGAAGUUGCGGCAGUGGAAAAGAAUGGUGGAUACAACCAGCUCUGCGACAUCUGGGCGGUCGGCAUAACAGCCAUUGAGCUCGCGGAACUCCAGCCACCCAUGUUUGAUCUGCACCCCAUGAGGGCUUUGUUUUUAAUGUCAAAAAGUAACUUUCAACCACCAAAGCUAAAGGAAAAAGCAAAAUGGUCAUCAACAUUCCAUAAUUUUGUCAAAAUUGCACUUACAAAAAAUCCAAAGAAGAGACCAACAGCAGACAGACUCCUUUCUCAUAGCUUUGUAGGGCAGCCUGGUCUUUCAAGAUCUUUAGCAGUUGAGCUGUUGGACAAAGUUAAUAAUCCUGACAACCACACACACUACAAUGAAGUUGAUGAUGAUGAUUUUGAGCCUCACUCUGUUAUUCGCCAUACAAUUCGUUCUACGAACAGGAAUGUUAGGGCAGAAAGAACGGCAUCAGAGAUAAACUUUGAUAAGCUCCAGUUUGAGCCCCCUCUACGGAAAGAAACUGAAGCUCGGGAUGAAAUGGUGGUGGCAGCUGGCAAUGACUUUGCUUCACAUUGGAAUCCUUUUGUUGAAGGUGGAAGCAGCAGGGGACUGCUUACAAAAUUUGGCGAUGGGAGUGAAGAUGUGGAAGAAUCAACACUAAAGCGAGCAGGGCCACCUCCUCUACCUCCUAAGCCAAGAAUAAACAGUUACCCUGAGGAAAACCUCCCGGAUGAUGAGAAAUCUCAGACGAUAAAACAUUUCCCCGACUCACAGAACAGAGCCCCACCAGCUCAUAGGAGACAGAGUAUUCCUGUUUGUGGGCCUCAGACUGAUUCGUCCUCCAUUGGUAUGACCAGCAGCAUCAGUAGCCCAGGAUUGCUCACAGCUAGAUACAGCGACUUGGGAAAUGGGGAUGGCAUGUUGAAACUCAUUGAAGAAAAUGCAGAAGGAUCUGGACAAAUCCCUCAGCUGCCACGUAAAAAAGAGAAAAGAGAUUUUCCUAAGCCAGCGAUCAAUGGUUUACCACCCACGCCGAAGGUGCUGAUGGGAGCAUGUUUUUCCAAAGUCUUUGAUGGUUGUCCCUUGAAGAUUAACUGUGCAACAUCAUGGAUACAUCCAGAUACUAAAGAUCAGUACAUUAUCUUUGGAACAGAAGAAGGUAUCUAUACUUUGAAUUUGAAUGAACUUCACGAAGCAACAAUGGAACAGUUAUUUCCCCGAAAAUGCACCUGGCUGUAUGUUAUCAAUAACACCUUAAUGUCCUUGUCAGAAGGGAAAACAUUCCAGCUCUACUCCCAUAAUUUAAUAGCUUUGUUUGAACAAGCCAAGAAAACAGGAUUAGCUGCUCAUAUUCAAACCCAUAGGUUUCCUGACAAAAUAUUACCAAGGAAGUUUGCCUUAACGACAAAGAUUCCUGAUACAAAAGGAUGCCACAAAUGCUGUAUAGUAAGAAAUCCAUACACAGGACACAAGUACCUCUGCGGUGCCUUGCAGUCUGGAAUUGUUCUGCUACAGUGGUAUGAGCCAAUGCAGAAAUUCAUGUUAAUAAAGCACUUUGAUUUUCCUUUGCCAAGCCCUUUGAAUGUCUUUGAAAUGCUAGUGAUACCAGAGCAGGAGUACCCGAUGGUCUGCGUAGCUAUCAGUAAGGGUGCUGAACCAAAUCAGGUAGUUCAGUUUGAGACAAUCAACUUGAACUCUGCUUCUUCAUGGUUUACAGAAAUUGGUGCAGGCAAUCAACAGUUAGAUGCCAUUCACGUAACACAGCUGGAAAGGGACACUGUCCUAGUCUGCCUGGACAAAUUUGUGAAAAUCGUGAAUUUACAAGGAAAAUUGAAGUCAAGCAAGAAAUUGGCCUCUGAGCUGAGCUUUGAUUUCUGCAUUGAAUCAGUGGUGUGCCUUCAAGACAGUGUGCUAGCCUUCUGGAAACACGGCAUGCAGGGUAAAAGCUUCAAGUCAGAUGAAGUUACCCAAGAGAUAUCAGAUGAAACCAGGGUUUUCCGCUUACUGGGAUCAGACAGAGUGGUAGUGCUGGAAAGCAGGCCAACAGAAAACCCGACUGCACACAGCAAUCUCUACAUCUUGGCUGGACAUGAAAAUAGUUACUAAGCAACAGUAACCUAACGCAAAUACCAGUGAAUUCACCACACGAGGAAAAAAGGAGCAUUAGGAAACUCAGUACAAGCAGGACUGUGACAUGCCGUUUCUUUUCUUGUCACCUAAAUGAUGCUGUUUUAGGGUGGAAAUCAGUUCAUUUUUGCAGCUGGGAACAGCUGGUUCUGUCUCUUGCCACUGUGUGGUUGGUUAUAUCAAGUUUGCUUAAUAAAAGCUGAGAGAUAAAUAGCCCUUUACUCAUUAGUUGUAGGGAAACAGAGCCUUUAAAAUAAUGUUAUUCAGUAAAGGUGCCAUAACUGUUAAAUAUUUGACUUCCCUUGGAUUUUCCUUAUCUUCUGUAGAUACAGAUAUAGUGCUGGCUGUUUCCUUGUUUUAUACUGAGUCUUAUUCUUAAUAAAAAAGUUUUGUGUAGGAAGUGAAAGUAUCAGCAAAGCUUUUUGUUUUUAAAUCUGCCAUUCAGUAUGGCUUUGUAUAAUAGACUAUUUAAUCCUUAUUUAUUAAUCUGCUGCUAGAAUGGUGUAAUGUAUCUAACUUUUAGCAAAGGAAGGUUGCAGAGCAGCUUACAGGUUUUUUUACAAUUGUAUAAAGAUUUGAUUAUUCUUUUUUCUUGUAGAGAUGUAGUGCAUUAUUGAGGGGUAUGUUACAAUGUUGGUUGAUCUUGUAAAAAUGCAGUUUUGUACAACGAAGUAUUUUGUAUUGAUUUUUUUGCCUGCAGAAUUGCCAUAAAAGGGAUUUUCUUAUUUACUAGAUGUAGGGUGUGUGUACACAAAAUAUAAUAUUGAUAUCAGACAUGUUGCUACUGGGUGGGUGUGUACAAUAUACAUACGUGUGUGUGUGCAUGUGCGCAUGUGUAUUAAGUUGACCGGCAGUGUGUAUUUUUUAUAUAUAUAUAUAUAUUUAUAUAUAUAUAUAAAUGUACAAAAUAUAUAUGCUUUAUUUUCAUAAAUUAGGGAUAAGCCUCGUGACGUGAAAUGGAAAUUGUACCUGGUCAUCAUCCUUAAUGAAUGAAAGUAUCAUGUAUCGAACUGCCCAUGACGUGUAGUUUAUUUAUACUAUUCCAAAGGGGAGCCUGUUAGCGAUGACUGAACUUAGGAGCUUUUUUGUCCGUGCAGUCAUUCAGCUGUCUUCAGUCAGACAGUUGUUUGGAAAUGGUUAAUUCCCCGGCUGUGUAGUAUAAAUAAAUAUGAUAAGAACCCGUACUCUAUAUUAAAGCUUUCAAUCACCUUUUCCCUUUCCCUAUUUUGUCAUCUGCAAUUUUCUUUCUCUUUUUAUUUCUCCAUUAAAGAGUCACAUUGGUUCCUUUUGUCUUCCUCAUUAAUUGAAAUUCCUGAGGUACCAUGAAAUAUAAAUAUAGGCUGACUACAGGAUAGCAUCUGGUUCUACUACCUCAUAUUAACCUGCUAGCUUUGAUGUAAGUAAACACAGUCCAUAGGCAGAUACAGUAGCAGUUCAUUAAAAUUUGAAGGGAGGGUUUUUUAAAUUAAAUCCUUCAGUCUGCUGCCAUUUAUUCAACUCCUGUGAUCUGCUACCCUGAGAAAGCUUCACAAGUCAUUUUAUUAAAGCAUUAAAGGUAAGUGUGUUACAGCAGCUUGGCCUGUCUCAAGGCUUUACUGACAGAGCAGAAUGGGGCUGGUUUGAUCUUAACUCGCAACCUGGCGAACAGAGUGCCAGGUUAUCUGCUUAGGCAUCAGACUACUUGAUUCAUAAUUUAACAUAGAUGGAAUUAAUUCAUCACAUGUGAUGAAUCAGUAAUGUCUUUUUGUUACGAGGUACAGCUGGAGUUUUAUGUUAUGGAAAGGAAAAAAAAAAAA